CCUAAGUUGUUAGAACCAUAUAAGAUCAAGUCAACAGUGUUCCAGAACAGGAUAGGCGUAUCGCCUAUGUGCACCUACUCGGCAGCUCCUGAUGGUGAGACGAUUGGACACGCCACCAAGUUCCACGAGAUCAAUUAUGGCUCUUUUGCCCUGAGAGGCCCGGGUCUUAUCAUCCUUGAGACAGCAGCUGUGUGUCCUGAAGGUCGAACAUCUCCAGAGGACCUGGGCAUAUGGCUGGACUCGCAAGCCGAGUCGUUGAGACCGAUUGUGGACUUUGCACAUGCUCAAGGUGUCAAGAUUGGCAUCCAAAUAGGACAUGGUGGUCGUAAGGCCUCGGGCCUGCCUCUGUCUCUACAUCUAUCGAAGGCUGCUAACAAGGACAGCGACCAAGGAUGGGACACUGUGGGGCCCUCUGCCAUCUCAUUCGAUGAAGAGCUCUUCCCUACACCUAGAGAAAUGACGCUUGAAGAGAUCCAGGCCGUCGUCAGGCUAUUUAAGGACGCAGCUCGUCGCUCACUGGACAUCUCUGGCUUCGACUUUGUUGAGAUCCACGCUGCCCAUGGCUUUCUCCUGAACAACUUUCUGAGCGAGUUGUCCAACAAGAGAACCGACAGGUACGGAGGAUCAUUCCUAAACAGAACCAGGUUGCUAUUGGAGAUUAUAGAUGAAGUGAAAGACGACGAACACCCCUUGUUUGUGCGUGUGUCGGCGACUGAUAGAUCACAGCUGCCAGAAGCAUGGAAGCUGGAGCAUACUCAGGAGCUCGCAUUACUGCUAGAAGAUCACGGAGUCGACGUGAUCGAUGUCUCGGACGGUGGUAACUUCAACAGGCCGUACCAUCUACCACAUGUACCAGCAAACCAGGCACCACUGGCCAAGGGAGUAAGGGACACACUGCGGAAUCGUGGCACCAAGCACUCUAUGCUUGUGGCCACUGUCGGCUCGAUAAGCUCGGGUCUGAUAGCAGAGGAGAAGCUUGACGACGGUAGUGCUGAUGUGAUUCUGUCAGGACGGGAAUUCCUGAUUAAUCCCGGAGCAGCCAUACGCUUCGCACAGGACUUGGGGUACAGCAUAAGCUCUGGGUGGCCAUAUGAGUGGACGUAC